UUGUGUGACUCACUCCAACAUUUCUAUUUAUUUCAUUCGGAUUGUUUUGAGCAACCAACGCUAGGACCAGUGGCAGGAAAAAUGGAAAUAAACAACAAUCCGUUCGCUGAAUUGCUUGGAAACAAUGAGUGUGCCACGAAACAGUUAUAUGAAUCCGACGGCUGCCUUGUUGCUGUAACUAAGACCCUGGAGAGCAUCUUACUUAUUAGUUAUGAUAAAAAUCUUUCGUUUGGUUCCGAUGGGCGACCAGGUUGUCUGCUCUAUCUGCAACCGCCUUUGAAAGAUCAAUUAUUUUUAUCGACAGACGCUCUCGAUCAGGUAAUUUUCGAUCGUGCACAGAAGGUUGAAAUCGACGAAGGCGAUCUGUUGGCAGUCACUACCCCAAGAGGAAGCGAUGCAGCCGAUGCAUUACAAACGGGACCGGUCUCUUAUUUAAUUUCUUGUUUCCUGCGGGCACAAACUACUAAGCGUCAGACAGAUUAUAUUUCUGUUGUGGAAUACUGUGAACAAGCGCUUGUACGUCAGUUGUUGCUCUUCUUGAUGAUCGAUUCGGAACUUGAAAGCACUCAGAAUUGCGACGACCUCUACAAGUCCUUGUAUGAUGCUGCUUCUGGAGGUGACCCGGAUUUGACUCUGUCAGCCGAACGGCUUUUCAUGGCUACGCUUUCCCAGUUUGAACAAGAUGUGCUGCAAGAUGUGAAUCCAAAUUCCGAGUGUCCAGCGUCAAAACUGAAGCCCUUAAAACCACUCGUUACUCGGCUGUUGGAUGGAUUGCGUGCGAUCAAACCAAACAUGCCCUCCUCGACUCCGUUUGGUGCUCUCAUGUUUGCUCGGAAUAAACUAAAUCCGGAUGAGCGGUUGCUCUUCUGUACCCAACGCAAGCCGUUUAUGCUGUUGUCCAUCUGGUUUUCUCGCUUCGCCGCAACUGCUCAGCUGCUUCUUGAGCAUUCGUUUCCACCAAAUCACAACGACCGGCAAACUCUUGGUUUCGAGUUUGAAUGUGGCAUUCUCGGUCGUCUAUUUGUUGCGAGUCAUCUGCGUACUCCGCAAUCUCCGCAGAUGGCUUUGCUUGCCCAUCGAACCCAACAGACACCAGUCGGCGAAUUCUUCACAGAUGAAGUACCACUGAAGCCCGUGGUAGAAGCAGAUCAGCGCAACAUUUGGCAAGUACCCUUGAGUUCCACCGAAAUGAAUUCUCUUGCUUUCGCCCUACAGCUUACCAAAGAGUUGGAUGAUGACCUGCAUAAUCUUACACUCAGUCUACUGCGAGUUGGAAAACAACGGCCUUUCAUCAGAAGGCUUUUCUUCCGUUGGAUUGGUUGGUGCCUGAACGCAAACAAAGCCCGUGGACAGUUAGCCCAUACCACAGGCCUUAUGUCGGAAUCCGACACGCAAGGACUGGCUAGUGACGGUUUCUUGAACAACUUGACGGCUGUAAUUGUUCGCCUCACUGGACCAUUGAUUCAUCCGACACCUUCUAAUGAUACGACCCUGGGUAAAAUUUGGCCCAAAUAUGCCUCUGACCCCGGAUCAGCUGAUUCAAUUAUUCCUGGUUUAUGUGAAGAAACUCGACUCACUGGAGCAAUGCCACGUACAUGUACCGCCGCCGGCCAAGAUGUUCAAGAAUCCACUGAUUACCCCUUGCUCACCGAGUUGUUUUUCCUUGCCCAUGCAUCAAUUCGAGUUGGUUGGACCCCUCUGAUCGCCAAGCAUUUCGAAACUGCUCGUCAAUUACACCAGUUAGAAUCACAGUGGGAAGCUCACCAAUCUACUUCGCUUGGGGCCGGUUCGGAUCCACGAGGGCAAUUUCUCCGACAACUGAUUCGUGAACGGACAUCUCGUUAUCUAGAGCAGUCAACAAGUUUAUCUUGCGUGGCUCGCCUGCGUGAUCAGCUUGCGUUCGCCGUCGCCACCAGUCAGUUCUUGGUCAUGCUGGCUCAUUCCUCUUUCGGCGGCUCCCAAACUGCACAUACAAAUGAAUCUCAACACGGCCAGCUGUCCGACUUACCUGAGUUUCUUAUGGACAAUGUAGUGGAACUCGUCGGCUACUUGAGGCGUGCCAAGGAUGACUUUAUUGAGUGUGCUGAAGUCGCUGAUAUUCCAUUGGAACCAUUGCUCGAGUUGAGCAUACUUUUUAUGCGUCACACAAGUGCCUUGGCCAAUCCGCAUUUACGUGCCAGAUUGGCUGAGGUACUGGAAUCGCUUAUUCCCCAGCGUGAUGAUGAAGCUUGGAAUAACCAACAAGCCGCUGGAAGUGGUGCACUCGGACUGUCUCAGUUUUCCUUCCUUCGACGUCAACAGCUAAUGGUCCCCACAUCUACCGGUACGCAACAACCGGGAGCUUUCAGUCAGGUCGUUGCGGCGCUACUGACUGCGUUCGUAUCUAUAGAAUUGUCUCCGGGUACGGAUGUUGUUGGCAGCGCAGGCACAGCUGCUGAUGUGCUAAUACGGUCAGCAUCUCAAGACAGUGCAGGAAGCAGUGCUGAUGGAACGACUGAAGGAUCCAGUCAUCAGGAACAGUCAGCAGACACACAAGCUGCGACUGUCGGGUUUGAGGAAAAGUUUCAUUAUCGUCGCCCGAUGUACGCAUGUCUCCGGUUUUGGCAUGGCAAUCCUUUUUUCGACACCCAAUUUACGCGGCUGGAAACUGAGGCUUUACAUCACAUUGAGGAUGCCACCCCACCGUUGUUUCUACAGUUCCUCUCAUUAUUGGUUAACGAUGCUAUCUUUCUUCUGGACGAAGCGAUUAGCCUAUUAGCUCAGUUGAAAAGAAAAGAGCAAGAACGAGAAGCUGCUGGAGGAAGACUUGCUACCGAGGAAGAGGAGGCUCUUUUCAUGCACACCGGACGCUUAGCACGACACCAUAUCAUGCUUGGUUUGGACACAAUUGCUGCCCUCCGUCGGGUUCUUUCCGUAUGCAAGCGGUUAAUCACGCACCCAAUCUUGGUAGAUCGAGUGGCCUGUAUGCUCAACUAUUUCCUAGUUCGUCUUGUCAGUCCAAAACAGCGGGACCUCACCGUUCGCGAUAAGUCGGCCUACGGGUUCAGACCGGAUCUUCUGGUCAUCGAAAUCUGUCAAAUCUAUUGUACCCUGGCCUUGGAUGCCCCCAGUGACGCUACUUCCUGUCACGCGGAAUCGUUUCGGCGUGCCGUCGUUAGUGAUGAGCGUUCGUUCACACCAGACCUCUUGGAUCAGGCUUCUAAUGUGCUGACACGUGUCGCUAGCUCACCCGAGCUAGUUGAGAAAUUCAACCAAGCCGUAACGCUGAUCAAGAGGGAGAAUGUUGAGAAACUUGAGGACGAUCUGGAUAUAGAUGAUGCACCGGAUGAUUAUAUCGACCCCAUCAUGGGUCACAUCAUGGAAGAUCCCGUCAAACUGCCUACCUCUGGUCACGUCGUCGACCGUAAGACCAUCUAUCGUCACCUGUUAAACGAUUCCACAGAUCCCUUCAAUCGGCAGCCACUUUCUAUGUCGCAGGUUGUACCUCAGGAAGAUCUCAAGGCCGCCAUUCGUGCUUGGGUGGCUGAGAAACGUACGCAACGGCAAAAGUCGUAGUGUUUUUUUUCGAGAUUUCCCCCUACUUUCGGCCCCGACUUCUGGUCGUUCAAGCUGUGAUCGAUAAUAUAUUGUGCUCACAAAUCCUGAGUUCUUACAGUGGAUACCGACCAAUCAUCCACAAUUGACUACCGGGUUGUCAUCGGUUUGUCUUUUUUAGUUACUGUUGCAA